AUGAAGUUCAAUAAGCAAGUUUCUUCGUCGCGGAGGAAAAACCGCAAGAGGCAUUUUUCAGCACCAUCACACAUUCGCAGGAAGCUCAUGUCGGCACCACUUUCAAAGGAGCUCCGACAGAAAUACAACGUCCGGACAAUGCCCAUCCGGAAGGAUGAUGAAGUGCAGGUGGUGCGAGGUCACUACAAGGGGAAUCAAGUUGGCAAAGUGGUGCAGGUGUACAGGAAGAAAUUUGUCGUGUAUAUCGAGCGCAUUCAGCGUGAGAAGGCUAAUGGAACGAAUGUCUACGUUGGCAUCCAUCCUUCCAAGUGUCUUGUCGUGAAGUUGAAGAUGGAUAAAGACAGGAAGAAGAUUCUCGACAGACGUUCCAAAGGUCGUUUGGCUGCUCUGGGUAAGGACAAGGGCAAGUACACCGAGGAGACUGCUGCUGCUUCCGCAACAGCCAUGGAAACAUCCUAA